AGACGAGACAUUCCAGUCGCUCAGUCGCAUUCAUUGUAGAUUGAUAUGAGUUAACAUUUAAUAUUCAGUGUCCGGUUCUGGUUAAAUUUCAAAAAGAAAAAACUGAUAUCAAUAAAAAAAAUAGAAAAAAUAAAUUAAGUAGCGUUCGUUAGAAUAAAAAACUAGUCAAAAUGGGAAGUGAGAAAACGGUGCCAAAUGGAAUCAAAUUUUUUAUCGGCGGAACUUCUGGAAUGGCAGCAACAUGCUUCGUGCAACCAUUAGAUCUGAUCAAAAAUCGAAUGCAACUGAGCGGAACGAAGACAUCGACUGUUAGCGUUGUUUCAAAUAUUUUAAAAAAUGAAGGCCUUUUCGCUAUGUAUUCAGGACUUUCUGCAGGCCUCUUGAGACAAGCUACUUACACAACUACCAGACUGGGAAUAUAUACUUGGCUCCUUGAACUUGCCUCAAAGGAAGGACAACCGAAUUUCUUUAUGAAGGCAGGCAUUGGAAUGGCUGCAGGCUGUGUCGGUGCAUUUGUUGGAACGCCAGCGGAAGUCGCCUUAAUCAGAAUGACAGCCGAUGGGAGAUUGCCCUUAGCUGAAAGGCGCAAUUACAAGAAUGUCUUCCACGCACUUUUACGAAUGACAAGAGAGGAAGGAGUCUUUACUCUUUGGCGAGGAGCCAUUCCAACAAUGGGAAGAGCCAUGGUGGUGAAUGCUGCACAACUUGCGUCUUAUUCACAAGCAAAGGAAUCACUUCUCGACACGGGUUAUUUUGAGGAAAAUAUAACUCUACACUUUGUCGCUUCCAUGAUUUCUGGAUUGGUAACAACUGCAGCUUCGAUGCCUGUUGAUAUCGCUAAAACGAGAAUCCAAAACAUGAAGAUGAUAGACGGAAAACCAGAGUUCAAGGGUUCAGUGGAUGUGCUAACGAAGGUGGUGCGAAACGAAGGUCUAUUUGCCUUGUGGAAAGGAUUCUUUCCUUAUUACGCUCGCUUAGGACCGCACACUGUCUUAACAUUCAUCUUCCUUGAGCAAAUGACGUCAAUUUACAAAAGCAAAUUUGCAUGAUGAAAUUAAAGUUGUUAAUCUUGUUCCAAGUGCAUAUUCCGCGGCCAUAUUAAUCGAGACAAUUCUCUCCACUUGUUAAUAACGAAUGUUCAAAUCUACUGGAUUAGUCAUCAUUUUUAAAAAGGCCCACUGUACAUUUUUCGUUUCGUCAAUAUGAUGGCAAGAAAAAUUAUUUUAAUAUUUAUUUAGGGAAAUAAAAUUUUACAAAGACUUUAGAAAAAUUGAGAAAAUUUCAGGCGUAUCACAAACACGUUCUCUAUAAUGAAGAACGCAUUUUUCUUAGAUUAUAUUAGUCAAUUGAAAUGCGAAUUACUGGCUUCUUUUUUCGAGCCACAGUGUAAACAAUACAUUCUGUGUACAUUCUCUUAUUAGAACGUAACGUCGUCUGGAACGAUUAUAGUUUUUAUUAUUGUUAUAAAUCGUCAGAGGAGAUUUCAAUAGUUCCUCGUCGUUGUGCAUUGUUUACAAAAAAAAAGUGUUUGCCACAAAAUGUUCAAUGUGCCGAAACACAAGACAUGUGUAUUAUUAUUAUAAUUUUACUCUCAUCAUUCCCUUUAAGAAGCAUGUGUUAGGGAUAAUUUGCAAGCUAUAGAUACACGAAUACGUAAACAAAAAGUCCACCUCUAUUUUUUUAUGUAUUUACGAAAAAAUAAACAGUGUAUAAAUUUA